AUGUCGGCGACCCCAUCUGGUUACUCAAUAAACGUCAAUGACCCCAGUCUUAUUUCACUAGUAAAUAAGCUGCAGGAUGUCUUCACGACCGUUGGAGUACAAAAUCCUAUUGAUCUUCCACAGAUAGUGGUUGUUGGUUCGCAGUCGAGUGGAAAAAGUUCCGUAUUGGAAAAUAUCGUCGGAAGAGAUUUACCUGCUUCCUCGAAAGCGCAGACGAAUGGCGUUAAGGAUGAGAAACUGGAAACCACCGAUAAGGAAGCCAACUUGGACGAAUAUGGCGAAUUCCUACAUAUCCCUGGCCAGAAGUUUUACGAUUUCAACAAGAUAAGGGAUGAGAUUGUACGUGAGACGGAGCAGAAAACUGGGCGCAAUGCGGGCAUUUCGCCAGCACCGAUUAAUCUGAGAAUAUUCUCCCCUAACGUCCUGACACUUACCUUGGUCGACCUGCCCGGUUUAACCAAAGUCCCAGUGGGAGAUCAGCCAAAAGACAUCGAGAAACAAAUAAGAGAUAUGGUGUUGAAGCAGAUCAGCAAGCCUAAUGCUAUCAUCCUCGCCGUCACCGCUGCGAACCAGGACCUUGCCAACUCUGAUGGCCUGAAACUCGCGCGGGAAGUUGACCCGGAAGGGCAACGUACCAUUGGCGUGCUUACAAAAGUGGAUCUUAUGGAUGCAGGCACAGAUGUGGUAGAUAUUCUUGCUGGCAGAAUUAUUCCCUUGCGGCUAGGCUAUGUCCCUGUCGUCAACCGUGGGCAACGGGAUAUUGAGAAUAAAAGACCUAUUUCCUAUGCUUUGGAACACGAGAAAAACUUUUUUGAGAACCACAAGGCCUAUAGGAAUAAGUCAUCCUACUGUGGAACGCCAUAUCUGGCGAGAAAAUUGAAUUUGAUUCUCAUGAUGCACAUUAAACAAACACUUCCCGAUAUCAAAGCCCGUAUCGCAGCUUCUCUCCAGAAAUACAGCGUAGAACUGGCCCAACUUGGUGACUCCAUGCUCGGAAAUAGCUCAAACAUCGUCCUCAAUAUAAUCACUGAAUUCUGCACUGAAUUUCGGACAGUUCUAGAUGGUAACUACCAGGAAUUGUCUAGCAUUGAGCUCUCAGGCGGUGCACGUAUCAGCUUUGUUUUCCAUGAACUCUACUCCAACGGCGUUAAGGCAGUCGAUCCAUUUGACCAAGUCAAAGAUGUCGAUAUUCGGACAAUCCUGUGUAACUCUUCGGGCUCCUCGCCGGCUCUCUUCAUCGGGACAACCGCCUUCGAGCUUAUCGUGAAACAGCAAAUCAAGCGACUCGAAGAUCCAAGUCUAAAAUGCGUAUCACUAGUCUACGACGAGCUCGUGCGGAUCCUGGGCCAGCUCCUCAGCAAGCAACCGUUCCGCAGAUAUCCACAGCUGAAGGAAAAAUUUCAUAGCGUUGUCAUUUCAUUUUUCAAACAGGCAAUGGACCCCACGAAUAAACUGGUUAAAGAUCUCGUAGCCAUGGAAUCCUGCUAUAUCAAUACAGGCCAUCCGGAUUUCUUAAAUGGGCAUAGGGCGAUGGCCAUCGUCAACGAACGGAACGCUGCCAGUAAACCAACCCAGGUUGACCCCAAGACUGGAAAACCCUUACCUCCAUCCGCAGUACCACGAGCGGCGAGCCCAUCUCUCGACUCCAUGUCGGAUACCAACGGCGGCUUCUUCGGCAGCUUCUUCGCGUCGAAGAAUAAGAAGAAGAUGGCUGCGAUGGAGGCUCCACCCCCUACCCUCAAGGCUUCAGGGACAUUGUCUGAACGCGAGAACGCUGAGGUUGAAGUUAUUAAACUCCUAAUAAGCUCUUACUAUAAUAUCGUCAAGAGAACUAUGAUUGACAUGGUACCCAAGGCCGUUAUGCUUAACCUCGUCCAAUUUACCAAAGAUGGAAUGCAACGCGAACUUCUAGCCCAGAUGUACCACUCUGAAGAACUAGAAGACCUCCUCCGUGAAAGCGAGUACACCAUCCGCCGGAGAAAGGAGUGCCAGCAAAUGGUGGAAAGCUUGUCGAGGGCUAGUGAGAUCGUUAGUCAAGUUCAGUAA